UCACCUGUUCAAAGACGGUUAGUGCCGAAGUACACAAGUACGAAUGAUGGGGACUCUGUCUUCGAGCCGCCACCGCUGUAUGCGCAUGAGGUGAUGCUGAUGAACCGCGAUAAUGAUGACCUGUUUUUAUGGCUGCAUAGUCUUUGCCGGUGCCUUGUGAGGAAUGCGCUAUUUAGAAUAGUAUCCCGUAUAAGCUAUAACGAAAACCGAUGCUCGUGGUCUUGGCCUUUUUCAGCACGGUAUAAAGGGUUUUUUUUUUGGAAAAGCUUGGCCUAAAGAUGGUUCUAGAUGGAAGCAGUCCCCUUGCUUUUUCAAGGAGAAAAGACAAAGGAAGGAGACGAGGGGGCACGACGAUGGGCUCGGCGUUACGUGGCGCGAAUAUGUCUCGCGCGUCUCUGUCCUUUGUGUUGAGACCAUUGAAGGCCCCCGCGUAGUUGCUUCCGAAACUUAUGCCCGCAGGCAAGACACCCGCAAGAGCUUACCUCGCGCGCCAGACUUCACAGAUCAAGCACCCAGCCCCGGCGCCCUUUGUGUUGAGACCACUGAAGGCCCCCGCGUAGUCGCUUCCGAAACUUAUGCCCGCAGGCAAGACACCCGCAAGAGCUCACCCCAAGCGCCGAACUUCACAGACCAAGCACGCAGCCCGGGCGUCCUUUGUAUUGAGACCAUUGAAGGCCCCCGCGUAGUUGCUUCCUCAAGUUAUGCCCGCAGGCAAGACACCCGCAAGAGCUUACUUACUUCACGCGCCGAACUUCACAGAUCAAGCACGCAGCCCCGGCGCCUUAGCCUGAAGCAACACACACACACAGCGGCGAACGCGCUCGCAAGUGACUCGCUGGCCGCUCGGUCAGUGGCCUUAACGCGCGGGGGCUUGCCUCUGGGCUAGCCUUUGCGAAAGUCAUACCCAGCACGCGGCCGCAGGCCCUGCCCCUCUGUCUUCAUUUUUGUUGCCUUUCUGUUUCCUGGUCGUUCGCUCUUGCCUUUCAUGUUCUCACACACCGCCUUGGCGCCCGGUGCUUCCCUCACCGAAGUCAGCGGCUUACGAUACAGCCACGCGCCUGCCUUUGCCCAUGGCGUUCAACCUGCUAGCGAGUCGCGAAGCAAUCAGCGCGCGCGUUUGGUCUGCUGCAUUUCUCUACGCUAGCACCGAAGGAGGGGACACGGGGGCCAAGGCUGCCAGCCUCGCCCUCGUCCGCUACCUCUCAAGCUAUCGGUGCACGCCGGUGGGUAGAAGGAUACACACCGAGGCCAGCGCCCCUAACUUCGCCUCGGUGAGGAUUGGCUCCGCCCCGGGGGGUUUGUUAGAAGUUGGGGGGAGCAUGUGGCCACCCCGCUGCCCUUGGUGACGCCGCGGGCAGCCUGAUACUGGGCGCGUGACUUAGACGGCGGCGCCCGCAGCCACUUGGCUGGCCCAGGGUCGUGGCAAUCUGAGGGCCCGCUGACCUACACCACACGGCGCGAAGCACACCGCGCGCGGGCGCGCCGGGUUGGCGUUGGGCAAACACGCUAACAAUGUGAGUCACAUAACGCAGCACGCGAGCGCGCGCCUCGUGUCUACCAAGUGACGCGACGAGCCAGCCCUUCGCCCCUUCUGCACAAGUCUGAAGUAUAGCGCUCGCCAGCCUCCAGCCAGCUGGCAGGGCUUCGCGGUGUUUUCGCCACAUCGGUUCUUCUGUGUGUCUGUGUGUGUGUGUGUGUGUCUGUGUCUGUGUCUGUCUCUCUGUCUGUCUCUGUGUCUCUGUUUGUUUGUCUCUGUUUGUUUGUCUCUGUUUGUUUGUCUCUGUUUGUUUGUCUCUGUUUGUUUGUCUCUGUUUGUUUGUCUCUGUUUGUUUGUCUCUGUUUGUUUGUCUCUGUUUGUUUGUCUCUGUUUGUUUGUCUCUGUUUGUUUGUCUCUGUUUGUUUGUCUCUGUUUGUUUGUCUCUGUUUGUUUGUCUCUGUUUGUUUGUCUCUGUUUGUUUGUCUCUGUUUGUUUGUCUCUGUUUGUUUGUCUCUGUUUGUUUGUCUCUGUUUGUUUGUCUCUGUUUGUUUGUCUCUGUUUGUUUGUCUCUGUUUGUUUGUCUCUGUUUGUUUGUCUCUGUUUGUUUGUCUCUGUUUGUUUGUCUCUGUUUGUUUGUCUCUGUUUGUUUGUCUCUGUUUGUUUGUCUCUGUUUGUUUGUCUCUGUUUGUUUGUCUCUGUUUGUUUGUCUCUGUUUGUUUGUCUCUGUUUGUUUGUCUCUGUUUGUUUGUCUCUGUUUGUUUGUCUCUGUUUGUUUGUCUCUGUUUGUUUGUCUCUGUUUGUUUGUCUCUGUUUGUUUGUCUCUGUUUGUUUGUCUCUGUUUGUUUGUCUCUGUUUGUUUGUCUCUGUUUGUUUGUCUCUGUUUGUUUGUCUCUGUUUGUUUGUCUCNUCUGUCUCUGUCUGUCUCUGUCUGUCUCUGUCUGUCUCUGUCUGUCUCUGUCUGUCUCUGUCUGUCUCUGUCUGUCUCUGUCUGUCUCUGUCUGUGUGUGUGUGCAAUUGUGUUGCGCGUUGUUGUGUGUGUGUUUCUUUGUGUGUGUGUGUGUUUCUUUGUGUGUGUGUUUCUUUGUUUGUUUGUUUGUUCGUGGGGGGCAGUGCCUUUGGCGUAGACAAUGUCUCUCAGACCUAUCUCGACGGGCGCCAGGAGUGGCAUCACCAGUGAUAUACACGCGCGACAUGUCUCUCUAAAGAUCGCCGCUGAGAUUCUAGCCUCCAUGGCUCAGAACUAUCUGGUCCCAUGGCAAUUUGCGCGGUUUCCACUCGUCGCCGGUCUAGAGGAACCGCCCUACGCCUACAGAGCUGACAGGGCCCAGAGUGGCAAGGACAACAGCGGAGAAAUACAAGGUGCAGGUAGUCAAAUAGCUUUAGUAUGCAUAUUACUUCUUACUACUAUACAGCUUCAAUUACUAAUCUCACAGUUCGUUUUAGAAUGCACUGACAAAAAGCUCAUAAGUAUGAUCCUAGGUAUCCUCUCCGAUCCUGCCCGGUACUAUGCUCAGGUGCUCAAUAACCUUAUUUCCGAUCUAAAAAAGGUGGCCAAUUUUGAUACUAGAAAAAAAAAGUCGGUCGUGGUCCAUUUUCGUACCAGAAUCAAGUUAGGUGCGACAGGCGUCAGUAGUUGAACGACCAGGAGGGUCGCCAAUACUAGCAUUUUAGAGAAGGUCAAAGUGCCCACCAUUGUUACACCAGAUUUCGAAUAUUUCUGGGAGUGGUGCAAGAAGGCGCCCGAGAGCGGCACGCAUGACUCAAUGGACGACUUUGUUGCCAAAACGGUUAUGAAGAUUUUUCGUUUAUUCUUGAGAACUCAAAAGUUCUUCAUUCUUGAGAACUCAAAAGUUCUUCAGUUUACUAUCAUCGUUCCGUUUGGUUUUUCAUGUUAUGCAAGAACAUCACCCACUCAUACUUCUUCUAAUAGCCGAGCGUGCGUCAUCAUUCAUUCAUUUAGAUCGUCUAACAUGCAAACAAUUAGAGCCUCCCCCUCAUGCCAGGCGCGUCAGUCAAUUAGUCGAUCAAUCUAGGCAACUUCAUUCUCAUUCACAUUUCUAAUGCCCCUUGCGAGACCAGCCUGGUGAGGCGAAGCGCUGUCAAGU